AUAUAGUCGAUGAUCAUCAGUACAGUGAGUUAGACAAGUUUAUUUUUCUUUUUUUCCAACUAGUUCUUUGGCCUUCACCUUGACAACACUUGAGUAGAAUUAGGUCAAAUUUCUUUUUUAUUUAAAAGCAUUAUUGCAAAAGAUUACACUAUGAUAAAAUUUUUACACCUACUAGUGAUUCUAAUAUAUCUAACAAGCGUCCACCUUCAAGAAGUUACUUAUAGGUUACCUUCUACGGUGAUUCCUUCUCAUUAUGAAUUAAGUUUAGCUUUCAGUCGUACCGUAUUUUCUGGAACUAAGACUACUUUUACUGGAAGUGCUGAAAUUCAUUGUACAGUUACUGAAACUGUUUCUCAAAUAAAAUUACAUUCGAAUCCCGAUUAUAUUCAGAUUACAGAUAUUACUUUUAAAAAAGGACCUGCUGUUAAUAAUUAUAUUAUUGAUAAUAUAACUGAAAUUUUAACAAUUUCAACUAUUAGUGAUCUAACACCAAAUGUAGAAUACGUUUUAACUAUCACUUAUGAGGCACAUAUAAAUACAAAUGAUUUGGUUGGAGUAUUCAGGUCAAGUUACAUAGAUGGCGGUGAUACUAAAUAUAUAUUUGCUGCUCAAUUACAACCUACUUAUGCCAGAAGAGUUUUUCCUUGCUUUGACGAACCUACUUUUAAAGCGACGUUCACCAUCACUUUUACCCUCGUAUCCAACGUAGCCGCUUUUUGGAAUACAGAACUAGAAAGCUCCACGGCUAUAACGACCAGUAUUAUUCAGUAUACUUAUAGAAAAACUCCGAUAAUGUCAACGUACAUGUUAGCUUUCGUUAUUUCUGAAUUAAGUUGUGACGAAGCGCUUACUGUGAGUGAAGUAGAAAAUACAGUGUGUUCUAGACCUGCUACAUCUUUAUUACGAACUUUUGCAGUUGAAAUUGCACCUGAAUUGCUUGAUAGAAUGAAUCAGUACACUCAAAUUAAUUAUAGUGAGGUUAUGAAUAAAUUACAUUAUGUAGCUUUACCAAACUCGGCGUAUGAAUCUAUGGAUUAUUGGGGAUUAUCUACAUACAGAGAACAAUAUUUAUUAUACGAUAAUUCAGAAUCGACGAACGUUGUUAAACAAAAAGUUGCUAUUGCGAUUGCUCGGGAAAUCGUUCAACAAUGGUUUGGAAAUCUGGUAAAUUUCGAUUGGUGGUCACAGAUUUAUUUGAAUAAAGGUUUCGCUGAUUACCUGAAAUAUUCGAUUUUAAAUUCGGUGGUUCCUGAUUGGCAGCUGCAGAAUCAAUACGUUGUUGAUAACGUUCAAAUCGCUUUAAGAGCCGAAGAAAACUAUUCACCAACAAUGAUUACGAAUGUUUCAACAACAAUGGAUAUAUUAUUGUCGUUGGAUGAUGUAACAAUCAAAAAAGCUGGUAGUAUCUUUCGUAUGGUGGAGGCCAUUAUGGGCGCGGAAAAUUUUAAAAAUGGGAUCAACCGAUAUUUAAACACUUAUGCAUAUGGGACAUCUACAUGGGAUAAACUAUGGGCUAGCUUAGAAACUAAUUUAGAUAAUACAGUUUCAAAUAUACCUUCCGGUGUAACAUUGAGUGCGGUUAUGGAAAAUUGGAUCAACGAAUCAGGAUUUCCCUUAAUAACUGUCACUGUUAAUGGAACUAAAGUAACUGUUACUCAAAAAAAACUUUCCAAUGAAAAUACUACAACUACAGAAUGGUUCGUUCCCAUAAACUACGUAACUUCUUUAGAUACGCUUUCCGACCAUUCUAAAAAUCCACAAUAUUGGUUGAAACCAAAUGACGUACUUACAUUUGAAAUACCGAAAGGUAUCGAUUGGAUUCUAAUAAACUAUCACCAAACUGGUUAUUAUAGGGUGAACUACGAUAUAAAAACUUGGAAAUCGAUAAAAAGGGCUUUAAAAAGUCCUGAAUUUGGUGGAAUAGACGAAAUCAGUAGAGCACAACUAGUUGACGAUCUAUUCAGUCUCGCUAGACACGAAAUCCUUAAUUAUACAAUAGUUUUCGAAUUGUUAGAAUUUUUAUCAGAUGACACGUCAUAUUUUACUUGGACAGCUGCUUUUAACGGCUUCGAAAAAUUAUUGAACAUCAUUAAAUCAAAGUCGUUAGCUGAUGAUAUCAAGAACAAUAUCUUAAGUCUAAUGUCAAAUUUAUACCAAUCUACACCUUUUGACUCUUUAGAAGAAGACGAUCAUCUUUUCACGUUAAAGCGAGAGUUAAGUCUAAAAUUGGCUUGUCAGUUGGGGCAUUUGGAAUGUAUAGGAAUGUCGCGUGCUCUAUUUUUAGCUUACAAACUCUAUUCAACUGAACCUCCAAAAGAAUUAAAAAGUAUCGUUUAUUGUACUGCUCUACAACAAAGCGAGAAGGAAGAUGACUGGCUUUUAUUAUGGAACGAUUAUAUUAAAUCAGAUUCGGAUUCGGAAAGAACUGUUUUAUUAAGAGCUUUGGCAUGUACUACAAAUUCCACUCUUCUAAAUAAAUUACUGCAACAAACUUUGAUGAAAAGUGCUGAGAUUAGGGCGGAAGACAGAUUCUUAGUUUUCGAAAGUGUUGCUUCAAAUCCUGUAGGUACUGCCGAAGCAAUUGAUUUCUUUGUCAAUAAUUAUCAAGAUAUUUCUGAGAAGUACAAAGGUCAAAACAUUAUCUCAAAUAUUUUGAAAACUCUUGCUGGUAUGGUCAAAAAUGAUAUGGAGCUAGAAAAGCUUAAAAAUUUGGUCACUGGUGAUAUAUUCCCGACAACAUUGGUAAAAGUUGUUCAAGGAAUAUUAACAAAUAUUGAGAGAAGUUUUUCGAGAGUAACGUCAUUUCAAGAAAGUUUAAUUGAGUAUUUUUAUCCGACGAAAUCCGCAGCGGUCAAAAUUAAUUAUAAUCAUGUCAUUUUCAUGAUAAUAUCAAUACUGUCUUUAUUCGUAUAAUUUCCUUUGUUGUAUAAAAAAUAAUAAAGUAUUUUUAAUUAUA